AGGCUCUGGGAGUUUGACAAAACUGUCCUUGCUCUUUCUGCGUUUUUCCAGUCAAGGGUAUCUUAGCCUGAGAUUGGAGUGAUGCUGUUAGUCCCGGAGAUAUGAUUGCAUAGCAACACAGAGCGGCUCCGAGAGGGGAGGAGGAGGAUAAGGAGAAGGAGGGCAGGGAGGUGGGAGAGACAGAGGGAGAGUGUGCAUACAGCAGCUGUCAGCAUCCCUGUCUCAGGGACUUCUUUGCUGAUUCACAGAGGCAGUCCAGCCCUGGCCUCCUAGCUCCCAGUUGCCGCCUGCUCCUCAGACCUGACGGACUCAGAAGUGCAUAUACUCAAAGAUCGGUGCACUGCCCAUCCUCAUCCCACAUGAGCCUUGGUUCUGAUGCAACCUAUGGUCAUGCAGGGAUGCCCUUACACCUUCCCACGAUGUCAUGAGUGGUGGGCAACUGACCAGUUCCAUCAUAGCAGCAGCCUCCGAAGUGCCUGCCCCCAGCUUCAGGUUAGAGCUGCUGCUACCUCCCCUGCACCUCCUCAGGAUGGUGCUGGGGUUUCCUGCCUAAGCCCAAAGCUGAUCAACAGGUCUCUUGGUACCACUGAAUGCCUGGAACCAUCAGCCAUGAAUCUGUGUUGGAAUGAGAUCAAGAAGAAGUCUCACAACCUUCGUGCUCGCCUAGAGGCCUUCUCAGACCACAGUGGAAAGCUUCAGCUCCCUCUCCAAGAGAUUAUUGACUGGCUCAGCCAAAAGGAUGAGGAAUUGUCAGCUCAGCUGCCCCUACAAGGAGAUGUGGCCCUGGUGCAACAGGAGAAGGAGACACAUGCGGCCUUUAUGGAAGAUGUCAAGUCUCGGGGCCCCUAUAUCUACUCUGUGCUGGAGUCAGCUCAGGCCUUCCUAUCCCAGCACCCAUUUGAGGAAUUAGAGGAGCCUCGUUUGGAGAGCAAAGAUACCUCUCCUAGGCAGCGAAUCCAGAAUCUGAGCCGCUUUGUGUGGAAGCAGGCAACAGUGGCCAGUGAACUAUGGGAGAAGCUCACAGCCCGCUGUGUGGACCAGCACCGCCACAUUGAACGCACUCUGGAGCAUCUGUUAGAGAUCCAAGGGGCAAUGGAAGAAUUAAGCACUACUCUGACUCAGGCUGAGGGAGUCCGAGCCACUUGGGAGCCCAUUGGGGAUCUCUUCAUUGAUUCACUCCCUGACCAUAUCCAGGCUCUUAAGCUGUUCAAAGAAGAAUUCUCCCCCAUGAAAGAUGGAGUGAAGUUGGUAAAUGAUCUGGCCCAUCAACUUGCCAUUUCCGAUGUGCACUUGUCAAUGGAGAAUUCCCGGGCCCUGGAGCAGAUCAACAUCCGGUGGAAACAGCUACAGGCAUCAGUUGGCGAGAGGCUUAAGCAGCUCCAGGAUGCCCACAGGGACUUUGGGCCUGGGUCACAGCACUUCCUCUCCACUUCUGUCCAGGUUCCCUGGGAAAGAGCAAUUUCACCCAAUAAAGUUCCCUACUACAUCAACCAUCAGGCUCAGACCACAUGCUGGGACCAUCCCAAGAUGACUGAGUUAUACCAAACCCUGGCUGAUCUGAACAAUAUUAAGUUCUCAGCCUACCGCACUGCAAUGAAGCUACGCAGAGUCCAGAAGGCACUACGCUUGGACCUGAUCACUUUAACCACAGCUUUGGAGAUCUUUAAUGAGCAUGAUCUUCAGGCCAGUGAACAUGUGAUGGACGUGGUGGAGGUCAUUCACUGCCUGACUGCCUUAUAUGAGCGGCUGGAGGAGGAAAGAGGCAUCCUGGUCAAUGUGCCACUCUGUGUGGACAUGAGCCUCAACUGGCUCCUCAAUGUUUUUGAUAGUGGUCGCAGUGGAAAGAUGCGGGCAUUGUCCUUUAAGACUGGCAUUGCAUGCCUGUGUGGCACAGAAGUGAAGGAGAAAUUGGAGUACCUCUUCAGCCAAGUAGCCAACUCAGGCAGUCAAUGUGACCAACGCCACCUUGGUGUCCUGCUUCAUGAGGCCAUUCAGGUGCCCCGUCAACUGGGGGAAGUGGCAGCCUUUGGGGGCAGCAAUGUGGAACCCAGUGUUCGUAGUUGCUUCCGUUUUAGCACUGGGAAGCCAGUCAUUGAAGCUUCACAGUUCUUGGAAUGGGUCAACCUGGAGCCCCAAUCCAUGGUGUGGCUGGCUGUUCUGCAUCGGGUCACCAUUGCUGAGCAAGUGAAGCAUCAGACCAAGUGCUCUAUCUGUAGACAGUGCCCCAUCAAGGGCUUCAGGUACCGGAGUCUGAAACAAUUUAACGUGGACAUCUGCCAGACCUGCUUCUUAACAGGCAGGGCCAGCAAAGGCAACAAGCUGCACUACCCCAUCAUGGAGUAUUACACCCCGACCACAUCCAGUGAGAACAUGAGGGACUUUGCCACAACCUUAAAGAACAAAUUCCGCUCAAAGCAUUAUUUCAGCAAACACCCUCAGCGAGGUUAUCUGCCUGUACAAUCAGUGCUGGAGGCCCACUACAGAGAGACGCCGGCUUCUUCCCCGAGGUUGCCACAUGCUGACACACACUCCCGCAUUGAGCAUUUCGCCAGCAGGCUUGCUGAGAUGGAAAGUCAAAAUUGCUCCUUCUUUAAUGACAGCCUGUCCCCAGAUGACAGCAUAGACGAGGACCAGUACCUGCUGCGGCACUCCAGCCCCAUUACAGACCGGGAGCCAGGCUUUGGACAGCAGGCUCCAUGCAGCAUGGCCACAGAAAACAAGGGGGAGCUAGAGAAGAUCCUGGCCCACUUAGAGGAUGAGAACCGGAUUCUCCAGGGAGAGCUAAAGCGCCUGAAGUGGCAGCAUGAGGAGGCUGCUGAGGCACCCAUCCUGGAUGAAGGCUCUGCCGAAGUGGCGCAGGACCACCGCAAUGAGGAGCUUCUGGCUGAGGCCCGGAUCCUUCGGCAACACAAGAGCCACCUGGAGACACGCAUGCAGAUCCUUGAAGACCAUAACAAGCAACUUGAGUCCCAGCUGCAACGCUUAAGGGAACUGCUCCUGCAGCCACCCACCGAAUCAAAUGGCAAUGGCUCUGCAGGCUCGUCCCUAGCUUCCUCUCCACAGCAGUCAGAAGGCAGUCACCCCCAGGAAAAGGGACAGACUACUCCAGACACUGAGGCUGCAGAUGAUGUGGGGUCAAAGAGCCAAGAUGUCAGCCUGUGCUUGGAGGACAUUAUGGAGAAACUUCGCCAUGCCUUCCCCAGUGUGCGAAGCUCUGAUGUGACUGCCAACACACUGCUGGCCUCUUGAUGGAGCCAUAUCCCUAUCCUAUAGUCUAUAGCUCUCUCCUGGUUCUGUCAAAGCCUUCCCUCAGCCUUCACCUGAACUUCCCAAUCCCCACUGGCCCCACAUUUCUGAGUUAUUUGGGCUCUGGGCAGCAGCAGAGAUCUAGUGGUAUGUGAGGUGGGUGUGUGGAGGCUGGGGGAGGGAAAGGCAUGAUUUCUCCGACUCUAGAAAUGUGCCCUUUAAUCCUCAAGUUUAAGACUGGUCCUUUAAGUAUGCUUCUGUUGCAGUCCAGGCAAAUAGCACUUGGAGGCUACUCAGAUGGGGAGCAGAGAAGCUGCCUUGCAGAACUAAGCAGCACUUGCUAGUUCUUUCCUUCUCCAUGGAAUUAUGGAGAUUGGGAAGACCGCAGGGUUCCAGCAUUAUGGAUCCAUAGGAGUUAGCCCUACCUUCUGGUCCAACUCAGGGAGGUAAAGGGGUAUCCCAGAGACACCCCCUCUCCAUCAAUGUGCCCCUGAAAAAAUCUGGGCAGCAUGUGUCAUAUUACUUCAGCUUGAGGGCAUAUCUCUAACCAUCCUAAUGCUUCUCAGAUGUUGUUUCCUCCUCAAAUAUCUUUAGUUCCUCUCCCUUAGUCCCUGGCAGACCUUCUUAAAGAGGGGAACAGUUCAUCCUGGGUCCUACUUCCAUCUUACAUUUGGAAACAUUAAAGAAAUACUUAUGGGCUUAGAUUCCACUCCCCCUCCCCCCCCCAUCCUCUUUCCUGAAGGCUUCAGCAUCCUGAGAGGCCAGCUGAGUUGCUCUGCAAAUCCUGUGGAAGUCACCCUUGGCUCUUCUGAAUCUGCCCUCACAGCCCUGGGGGAGGGGCUGCAGCUUACUUAGCAAGGGGGUCUUGCUCUCCUUGGGUGAGGAAGGGGAAGCCACCCACUAGCCUGGAAAAGUGUGACUGCCUAACAUCCUUUCUUCUUUUAGACUAAAUUGGAUGAGGUGGUUGAUUGUCCCCAGAUAAUCCUAAGGCAGAUGCAAUGGGGCUACCUUGAAUAGUGGUCCAUUCUUUGGAGCCACUGACCACUUCCCAACCAGGCAACAGCAUGGCCUUCCUUUGCAUAAAAAUAUUCUCUCUAACUCUGGAAGGUGAACCCAAACCAAACUGAACUAACUUCCUAGGCAUCGUAUACCGUGAUUCCUUUAUCUGGAAACUGUUCAGGGUCGAUAGUGGGAGGAGUGGGGAGUCAGCUUGGGAACUUUGAACAGAAUCAGAGCCCACUUAGGCAGCUUUCUUUCAGAAGGAAUCUUAUAACCUAGAGCCCUGAAAUUGAUUUCAUUUGCCUAAGUUUAUAUAUAUACAUAUCUAUCCUACAUAUCUACUGUAUAUCAGUACACCCCUGGCUUCACUCACACAUUAAAUUCUAAUACAUCUUGAAGUAUUAAUGUUCUGCCUUGCUCUUUGUUAGCCCAAGCCUCUGGUUGAACAGAUAGAUACAUUCUGGCUUACUCCCCUAGGAUUUCUCUUCAUUCAUGUUGGGGGUGGGCUAUCUUCAAGACCAAAGCAAUAGAGGGAAGUCUGUGGCCACAGAGGAAUCUAACAGGAAGAGUCACUCUCUUCUCUUUACUCACUCCAAAUCUUGUUCCCUUGAGACCUGGGCCUUGGAUGAAUUUUCCUGGGCUCCUCUAAAUAAUGCUUCAGGUACCAAAAUAGAGCAAAUCCAAGCUUUACCUACCCCAUGCAGAAAAGAAGAAACAAAUAGGCUUUUACUAGCCUUUGUCAGGCUAAGGCACAGAGUACAUCUUCUAGCCCCUUCCAGUUAUUAAGUCUGGCUCAGGGCCUUAAAGGAAGCUGUGAUUGCCAGUGAGGUCAGGAGGGUAUGAAAUGCUUGGGGUGCUGUGUUAUAAUCAAGCAGUGCACCAGUGGGAACAACUGCUGGGAAGCUAGAUUGAUCUCCUGCAUGGGAGGGAGGGCAGCAACUUGGCUCCAAGAGCCUGUGAUUGCCUCCUUCUAGAAUCACCAGGGGGCAUUAAGCCAGAGGCCCACAGUGUCAGACCUCAUCACAUCUGCCUUAUUGCUCAUGAGGUCUCUGGGUGGGAGGACUUGGGUGUCUGGAUGUAUAAUGAGCAGGUUGUAGGUGGGCAUCAAACACAGAGCCUGGGCAUCUGUAUGUGAGUGAGGAGAAGCUAUAUUUGUAGUGGCCUAGAUUGUGGGCAGAAAUGGGAUAGAAUAAAUUUGCUGUAAAACAGGAAGCCCAUAAGUCUUUGAGGUUUAUGGCUGCCUAAGCCUUAGGAGGACAGAUGUUAUGAAACAAUCUUUUACCAGGGAAGUCCUGGAAAAUCCUUUCUGUAACCCUCACUCCACUCAAGAGAUCUAGAACUGCUAAGGGCCUGUGGUAACCACAGUGGGCCAGGCAUGGUAGAAAAGAUGUAGAUCUCGUUAUGUAGGAGUUGUGCUGUUAGGUGGACUGAAGCAGCAGGUGCAGUGUUGAAUUCUCAUUAAUGGGGUUACUCACACUUUAUAGUCCUGUGUUUACCCUAAUGCCCGAGAUGAGUAUAGGCAUACCUCUAGGCAUACCUCGUUUUAUUGCACUUUGCUUUGUUGUGCUUCACAGAU